CUUAGCCAAGAAUGAAGGGGCAAAAGAAGGUAUGAUUUGAACAAUUGGGACAUUGACUUAAAACACUCAGCCAAGAAUGAAGGGGCAAGAGAAGGUGACGAUUUGAACAAUUGGGACAUUGACCAAGGCUGCUUGCUUCAAAACAUGACAAACUUGAGAUUGCUGUUAAAAGGUGUGAGAUUGAGAUUGGUUAUCCAGAUGAGGAGGACCCAAUUUUGUCGAGAAUCAAGGGGAGAGGCUGCUUGAAGCAGAAGAUGACAUUGAUGAGAUCAUUCACUCGUGCAUUUCUCAUUGCCAAAAGUGAUGGAGGGCCUUUUCAACCUUGCAAGGACACUUUUCAGAAUUGAGAUUGAGGCUGCUGAUGGACUAGCACGGGUCUGGAACAAUGAUGUUAGAUUCUACCGUGUGAAAGAUUCUACCGAAAUCCAAUUGCAUACUAAUAUCAUGAUCCGUUUUCUUGACCAUCUGAGAAAAGGGAGGAAACUGGACAAGUGUGGUUGUUGGUUGAAGGCAUGUGCUCUCUUGAGAUGGUGCAAAUGCAAGAUUACCAAUUGCUAUCAUAGUGUGCAAUCAAACACCAGCUUUGCAGAACAAGCCGGCUCUUAUGACGUUCAAAGAGGUUGAAGUUGUUUUUCAUGAAUUUGGGCAUGCGCUUCAGCACAUGCUAACUGAACAAGACGAAGGCCUUGUUGCUGGCUAUAGAGGAAUAGAGGACGAUGCUGGGGAACUCCCCUCUCUUUUUAUGGGAAACUGGUCUUUUCACAGGUAAUUUUGUCUAGUAGUACUCUUAUAGAGCUUUAGAACUAAUUGACGUGCCAUCGUGGUUAUGCAUAUGCUGUGGAUAACAGCAGAUGAUCGCUUCAUGAAGCAUUAUGCGAUGUGUGUUGUACGGCUUUUCUACUGUCUCUAGAUCUAAAAG